GGUCGGCCGCCGGCCUUCCCCCGGCUGAGGCGCCGCUCUCUGCGCAGCAUGAGGGGCCCGCGGCCGCCGCCGGGAGAGCUGCGUUUGCCAGAGCGGCCCGCGGCGUGAGAGGGCUCGGCUGGACUUCCCUCCGGAGCCGGCGGCGGAGCAGGUCCCGGUGACCCGGCCGGGAGGGUUCCGAGCGCUCGGCAACAUGGCUUCCCCGCCCCACCAGCAGCUGCUGCAGCACCACAGCACCGAGGUGAGUUGUGACUCGAGCGGAGACAGCAACAGCGUGAGGGUCAAAAUCAACCCCAAGCAGCUGUCCUCCAACAGCCACCCCAAACACUGCAAGUACAGCAUCUCCUCCAGCUGUAGCAGCUCUGGGGACUCGGGAGGGGUCCCCCGGAGAAUGGGCGGCAGAGGUCGCCUGCGCAGGCGGAAGAAGCUGCCCCAGCUGUUCGAGAGGGCCUCCAGCCGCUGGUGGGACCCCAAGUUCGACUCGGUGAACCUGGAGGAGGCCUGCAUGGAGCGCUGCUUCCCGCAGACCCAGCGCCGCUUCCGGUACGCGCUCUUCUACAUCGGCUUCGCCUGCCUUCUCUGGAGCAUCUAUUUUGGGGUCCACAUGAGCUCCAGACUGCUUGUCAUGGCAGCCCCUGCUCUGUGCUUCCUCGGGGUGUGCGUGGGCUUUUUUCUGUUUACCUUCACGAAGCUGUACGCCCGGCACUACGUGUGGACCUCGCUGGUUCUCACCCUCCUGGUGUUCGCCCUGACCCUGGCUGCCCAGUUUCAGGUUUCGACGCCUCUCUCAGGACGAGUCGACAGCUCCAAUCAGACUCGGGCAGCCAGGCCCGCAGACACUUGCUUAUCUCAGAUCGGGGGCUUUUCCAUGUGCAUCGAAGUGCUCUUUUUGCUCUACACCGUCAUGCACUUACCUUUGUACUUGAGCUUGAUUUUGGGAGUGGCCUAUUCUGUUCUUUUUGAGACCUUUGGCUAUCAUUUCCGAGAUGAAGCCUGCUUCCCGUUGCCUGGAGCAGGGGCCCUGCAGUGGGAGCUGCUCAGCCGAGCCCUGCUGCACGUCUGCAUCCACGCCAUCGGGAUCCACCUGUUCAUCAUGUCCCAGGUGAGAUCCAGGAGCACCUUCCUUAAGGUGGGACAGUCAAUCAUGCACGGAAAGGAUCUGGAAGUGGAAAAAGCCCUGAAAGAGAGGAUGAUUCAUUCCGUGAUGCCGAGAAUCAUAGCUGAUGACUUGAUGAAACAGGGGGAUGAGGAGAGCGAGAAUUCUGUCAAGAGGCACGCCACCUCCAGCCCCAAGAACAGGAAGAAAAAGUCUUCCAUCCAGAAAGCCCCUAUCGCGUUCCGCCCCUUUAAGAUGCAGCAGAUCGAAGAAGUCAGUAUUUUAUUUGCAGAUAUCGUGGGCUUCACCAAGAUGAGUGCCAACAAGUCCGCCCACGCGCUGGUGGGUCUCCUUAACGAUCUGUUCGGCCGCUUCGACCGGUUGUGUGAGGAGACCAAGUGUGAGAAAAUCAGCACCCUGGGAGACUGUUACUACUGCGUGGCCGGGUGUCCCGAGCCUCGGGCUGACCAUGCCUACUGCUGCAUCGAAAUGGGCCUGGGCAUGAUAAGAGCCAUCGAGCAGUUCUGCCAAGAGAAGAAGGAGAUGGUGAACAUGCGUGUCGGGGUUCACACGGGGACCGUCCUGUGUGGCAUCCUGGGCAUGAGGAGGUUCAAGUUCGACGUGUGGUCCAACGAUGUGAACCUGGCCAAUCUCAUGGAGCAGCUGGGAGUGGCCGGCAAGGUUCACAUCUCCGAGGCCACUGCCAAAUAUCUAGAUGAUCGGUACGAGAUGGAAGAUGGGAGAGUCACCGAACGCCUCGGCCAGAGUGUCGUUGCCGACCAGUUGAAAGGUUUGAAGACAUACCUGAUAGCGGGUCAGAGAGCGAAGGAGUCUCAUUGCAGCUGUUCAGAGGCCUUGCUUUCUGGCUUUGAGGUCAUUGACGGCUCACGGGUGUCCUCAGGCCCUAGGGGACAGGGGACAGCGUCGCCAGGGAGUGUCAGUGACUUGGCGCAGACUGUCAAAACCUUUGAUAACCUUAAGACCUGCCCGUCCUGCGGAAUCACCUUUGCUCCCAAGUCGGAAGCGGGCGCAGAAGGCGGAGCGGUGCAGAACGGCUGUCAGGAGGAGCCCAAGAACGGCACCAAGGCAUCUGGAGGAGCCAGUUCCAAAGCCCAAAACGGACUGCUGAGCCCCCCACCUGAGGAGAAGCUCAGCAACAGUCACACCUCCCUGUGCGAGAUCUUACAGGAGAAAGGGCGCUGGGCAGGCGUGAGCUUGGACCAGUCGGCUCUCCUUCCACUGCGGUUCAAGAACAUCCGCGAGAAAACAGACGCCCACUUUGUGGAUGUCAUCAAGGAAGACAGCCUGAUGAAAGAUUAUUUUUUUAAGCCACCCAUUAAUCAGUUCAGCCUGAACUUCCUGGAUCAGGAGCUCGAGCGAGCCUACAGGACCAGCUAUCAAGAGGAGGUCGUAAAGAGCUCCCCUGUGAAGACCUUCGCCAGUGCCACCUUCAGCUCCCUCCUGGAUGUGUUUCUAUCCACGACAGUGUUUCUGAUUCUCUCCAUCACCUGCUUCCUGAAGUACGGGGCCAACGCCACGCCGCCCCCGCCGGCAGCCCUGGCCGUCUUUGCGGCAGCGCUGCUGCUGGAGGUGCUGUCCCUCGGGGUCUCCGUCAGGAUGGCGUUCUUCCUGGAGGACGUGAUGGCUUGUACCAAGCGCCUGCUGGAGUGGAUCGCUGGCUGGCUCCCGCGCCACUGCAUCGGGGCCGUCCUGGUGUCCCUCCCCGCCCUCGCCGUCUACUCACACGUCACCUCCGAAUUUGAGACGGACAUACACUCCACCGUGUUCACGGGCUCGGCCGUCCUGAUCGCCGUGGUGCACUACUGCAACUUCUGCCAGCUCAGCUCCUGGAUGAGGUCCUCUCUGGCCACAGUCGUUGGGGCCGGGCCCCUGCUCCUGCUCUACGCCUCCCUCUGCCCCGACAGUUCCAUAGUAAUUUCACACCUUGAUGCAGUACAGAAUUUCAGCUCCGCGGGGAAGCCCUGCAACGCCUCGCUGCCGCCCGACAGCAGGAGCCCGGCCCGCCUGAUCGGCCAGGAGGUGGUUCUGGUCUUCUUCCUCCUGCUCCUGCUGGUCUGGUUCCUGAACCGAGAGUUCGAGGUCAGCUACCGCCUGCACUACCACGGGGACGUGGAGGCGGACCUGCACCGCACCAAGAUCCAGAGCAUGAGGGACCAGGCCGACUGGCUGCUGAGAAACAUCAUCCCCUACCACGUGGCCGAGCAGCUGAAGGUCUCCCAGACCUACUCCAAGAACCACGACAGCGGGGGUGUCAUCUUCGCCAGCAUCGUCAACUUCGGCGAGUUCUAUGAGGAGAACUACGAGGGCGGCAAGGAGUGCUACCGCGUCCUCAACGAGCUCAUCGGGGACUUCGACGAGCUGCUGAGCAAGCCGGACUACAGCAGCAUCGAGAAGAUCAAGACCAUCGGCGCCACGUACAUGGCCGCGUCGGGGCUGAACGCCACGCAGGGCCGCGACGGCGGCCACCCGCAGGAGCACCUGCAGGUGCUCUUCGAGUUUGCCAGGGAGAUGAUGCGCGUGGUGGACGACUUCAACAACAACAUGCUCUGGUUCAACUUCAAGCUCAGGGUGGGCUUCAACCAUGGGCCCCUGACGGCCGGCGUCAUCGGCACCACCAAGCUGCUGUACGACAUCUGGGGGGACACGGUCAACAUCGCCAGCCGCAUGGACACCACGGGGGUGGAGUGCCGCAUCCAGGUGAGCGAGGAGAGCUACCGCGUCCUGAGCAAGAUGGGCUACGACUUCGACUACAGGGGCACGGUGAACGUCAAGGGCAAGGGCCAGAUGAAGACCUACCUGUACCCCAGGUGCUCGGACCACGGCCUGGUACCGAAGCACCAGCUGUCCAUCUCCCCCGACAUCCGAGUCCAGGUGGACGGCAGCAUCGGGCGCUCCCCCACGGACGAGAUCGCCAACCUGGUGCCUUCUGUACAGAUCUCGGACCAGGCCUCGCCGGCCUCGGAUAACACGCCAGCCAGGGACGCCCCCCCGUCGGCCAAGAGACCCUGGAGGGAGCCCGGCAAAGCCGAGGAGCGGUGUCGGUUCGGCAAAGCCAUAGAGAAAAGCGACUGUGAAGAAUCGGGGGCGGAGGACACCGACGAACUCACCAAGCUCAGCAUCUGCAGGAGGGCGUGACGCAGCCCCAGCGCCGCCCGCACCGGCGGUGCUCUGCUCGCCAGCAGCAAUCUCCGCGCGUGGCUGUCGUGCGCCCCAGGCGCCCCGGCCCCGGCCCGGGCUGUGGUGUCACGUGGUCAUUGCAGCCCUAACCUCUGUGUGGACCACAGGUCUUCAGGGUUCGUGUUCGUGCGUUUCUUUCCUCUUUCUUCCCCGUGGUGUGGCCGUCGGCAGCAUGGAGAACAAGUGCCUUCAGGGGCUGGUGAGGCCUCGGGAGUCCGGGGAGGCGCGGCGAGGGCGUGGCGCUGGUUGGGGUUGGACGUGAAAACAAAAGCUGUGGUUAAAAUAUUA